AUGAAACUCAUUGAGUCACACAACACGGUAAAAUUCCCUGAGGGUGUCCAGUUUUCAAUUAAUAAAAGAGUAGUCACUGUAAAAGGUCCACGUGGUGUACUCAAGAGGGAUUUUCGUCAUUUACAUAUGGAAAUAGAAAAGACUGGCAAAGAUACGAUUCGCGUCAGGAAAUGGUUUGGAAUACGCAAAGAAGUUGCUGCCAUCCGCACUGUUUGCUCACAUAUUGAAAAUAUGAUUAAAGGUGUCACUAAAGGAUUUCGAUAUAAGAUGAGAUCAGUCUAUGCUCACUUUCCGAUCAAUAUUUCUCUUCAGGAGAAAAAUACUAUCGUUGAGAUCCGAAAUUUUCUGGGUGAGAAAUUUAUAAGGCGUGUCCCGCUACCAGAAGGUGUUACUGCAGCAAUGUCUACAACACAAAAAGACGAAUUGAUUGUUGACGGCAAUGAUUUGCAGCUUGUCUCACAAGCUGCAGCGCGCAUUCAGCAGUCAACAACAGUUAAAAAGAAGGAUAUUCGUAAAUUUUUGGAUGGGAUAUACGUUAGUGAAAAGACAACCAUUGUCAGUAAUUAA